UUGCGGAAGAAGGACCGGCCGCACCAAUCCUGAUGUCCGUGUCAGAUCCAGACGACCUCCGGGACAGUCCUAAGCUCGACGCCGUUGAGGAAGCUGCCCCUGGAAUUAUCCUACCUCUGCCCGAGUCAGACAAUGUAGACAACAACGAGCGGCUUGAGAAAGACCCUCCUUGCGCUAAGGAUGACGAUGUCCACCAAGGCCAACUAACUGGCCUUAUGGGUAGCCACACUCCGGCCCCGGUCAGUUUUGAUAUGGGACACCAAGUCAUGCCGCCUGCAGGUUGUGAGGUUGCUCAGUCAGGACCAGUCCCAUCGAUGAGCCCUUGUGAAGCUCAGCAACGCUGCGACUCAAACUCAACAACCGCGCCCACCAGCCUCACUCGUACAUCAUUAGACGGGGCAAGAUCGCCAGUCUCAUCGCCCUCCUUGCGGCCGAGCUUACCUGAUGAGGCUUCACCCACAGAAGCACCCAGCGCCGCUGAAUCUCCAUUCCUUGUUGGUUCCACUGAUGGCAUCUACGACAGCUACAACACGAAGAUCGCAGGUAAACGUCAACGAUCUGGCCAGGCUGCUCCUGCAGCAAAGAAGAGGCACGUUCGGGACUUGACACCAUUCUCUUUGCGCCCAAGACAUCAGUGUUGGGAUCAGAACCUCGCUGCUAUUCUAACUGAUGUCCGAAAGUGGUCCGACGGGGACAGAUUGGAAGUGCUGAUGCUAUUCACGAAGAUCUGGGCUGGGAGGGACAUUCCACAAACUGAAGCGACACGAUACUUGUCGAAUAUGUCAAGGUGUGCGCAGGCCGAGAUGUUUAUCACUCUGAUCACUGAGCUUGGAAAUCGAGAUGAGCUGUCAGAAGAAGAGCCAGUACUUCCGGAAUGGCUUUGUGUAGGGUUGCGGAGAGGCUUUUGCUUGUCUGAAGUUCUCGAGACCGCCCAUCAGGUGUGACGGUAGAGAACGUCUAUCAUUUGUUAAUCAUAGAUUCCCAUUCAUGUUGCGAAAAUCAUGCACUAAUGCGACAUAAGCUCUGGUCAGCGGCCUAUUCUAGCAUGACAGGGCCUGUUCCACUGGUAAUUACAGCUGAUGGGCCAUCCAUCCGAAGUGAAACUGCGCCGUCUUCGUUGAGACAAGCUGGCAAGAGCGCUUUGGGGCACAUCUCAUUCAGCAUAAGAACCCCUCUCUUCGCCCUUCGCCUAGGCUCACAUGGCAUCUUUC